AGUCCCCGAUUCAGCAGCCAGAGGUGAUCAGCAACAUAACUCCCUCUAUCCUGGAGCAGAUUCUUGCUCAAGCUGCAUAUGUAACACAGACCUCGGCUCUCUGUUUUGAAGUGGAGCCGGUUAUGUGUUGAUUGCAGGAGGCAGUCACAGGGAGUGAGAAGACAGACGAUGCACGGUAAACCUAUGGAGAAUUUGAAAUUGCCUAGUCAUUGUGAUGCUCUGCCAUCGAUUUGAAAGGAUCCAGAAGCAACUGCUGACUGAAGAUCAAAACUGACGGGCAGCUUCAGACAAGGUGACCUGUCAUUUACUAUAUGUGUCCUGGAGGAGAAGAUAUACAAUCUCUUACAGGCUGCAUCCUACCUAUAAUAGUUCAUGAGACCAUAUGAAGCCAUGCUGCUGCAGGAGGCAAGGGGUAGCUACUUCCAGACACAGAUCUGUCUUUGUCUGAGACUUCAACUCUUGCAAAGAUGAGCCUGAUAAUGCAAAUGCAAGCUUGAAGUCUUUCAAAGGGAGGAGAGCGAAGUACUGAAGAAAGAAAGUAAACGCCGGACAGUGUGCAAGAGGUGCAGAGCUAAACACAGGAGAGGGAUGAUAGAGCAUGUAGUCACUCUUUGCCAACAUAGCCUAUAUACAGACUGGACAACUGGAAAAGGAUUGCCUAAAGAAAAUAGAUUGAUAAUACCUGUGAAAUUGUCUGACAGGCCUCCUUCCAACUCCCUGCUGCAUCAUUUUUAACUGUAAAGGAACACCCAUACUACUGUCAACUUCCAACUUUUACUGCAUAUGGGGAAAAAGUACUUGCCUGAUGUGAAGACACUUCCUGAAGUUCACAGGAAAUUUGGAGAAUACUGAGUCAUCUUUAAUUAUGGUUAGUGUUACAUAAUAAGUUGAUUUAUCCAGAGGGAGUACUUGAUGUGCUAACCCAUCCUGUUUCUAAAAUAUAUAAAACGCAAGCAUGACCGGAACAUCUCGGUCAGUCAAGGGUCAGCCUUAACUCUAAAGGUCUAAAGGCUUUAAACAAGCCCUUGUUGGUGCCCUUGAGUUGACUGAAAGAGAGAAUUAACCCCUGGAAAGCUCUGAAGAUGACUAUGUCCUCUCCUGUGGAACCAGAAGGUAUCACUCUGGCUCAGCCCAUCCCUGUCCCCACGCUGACUGUCCUGCCACCAUCCUCAGAUACAGAGUCCUGGUCUCGCUCACCUAGCCCCAGACUGUUACGCUCCAGCCGCCACGGUCGAUUUCACCGCAGCAGGACCCGAACCAAGAAACGAAAUGAGGAAGAGCAAGGCUGCACUCCUAAACGACAAUGGGGUAAUAAAACACAAAUUGUAAUAGAGGAGAACGCGGAGAAGGGCACCAUUCGACAUCGGAGUCCCUCUCCCUCCUCCUCUGUGACCUGUCAGAUGGAGGGGGAAGAGCAAGGUCAGGACAGCCCUUCACAGGACCUCCUCCUGCCACCGUCUCGCUCCUGGUCUCGUAGUCCCUCUCCCAGCCGCCGCUCCCGUUGGUCCCUCAGGAGCCUGCUCAGCAGAGACUCUGACUGGGAGAGCUGCAGUACGGCCAGUAACUCUCCACGCAGCACCCCCGGCAGCUCUCCCUCCCUGCGGCGCAGGGUCCUUGGGGGUGGCAGGGCCAGUGAGAGCGAGGGAGGAGGAGAGAAGAACAAUGGUGGAGGAGGAGGAGGUUCAGAUAGUCCCUUGCCCUCCAUACCCUCUGCUUCCUCCCUUACAUCUGCCUACCCACUUGCUUCUCGCCACUUCAGCCGCAAUGCCAAGAAAAUGCAGAGCUGGUACAAUGUUCUCAGUCCUACAUACAAACAGCGGAAUGAGGAUUUUCGUAAACUCUUUAAGAAACUUCCUGAUACAGAGCGACUUAUAGUGGACUACUCUUGCGCUCUGCAGAAGGACAUACUGCUUCAGGGUCGCCUUUAUCUGUCAGAGAAUUGGCUCUGUUUCUACAGUAACAUCUUCCGCUGGGAAACCACUAUCACUAUCCUGCUGAAAGACGUGACCUCUAUGACCAAGGAGAAGACUGCCAAGCUCAUCCCAAACGCCAUCCAGAUCAGCACUGACAAUGAGAAGCACUUCUUCACAUCUUUCGGAGCAAGGGAUCGAAGCUUCAUGAUGAUUUUCCGUCUGUGGCAGAACGCACUGUUGGACAAGUCUCUAUCCCCCAAAGAGCUCUGGCACAUCGUACACCAGUGUUACGGCACUGAACUGGGCCUCACUAGUGAAGACGACGACUAUGUGUCCCCCACUGCCGAACACAUGAAUGGCCUACUGCCAGGAGAUGAUUCAUUGUCGGUCACAGAUCUACUAGACCUGAGCUCAGUGUCGGUUCCCUCCACGGGCAGCUCUCCCCCUCCCCUGGUGCCCUGCGGUCCAGCCAGCCCUCCCUCAGCUACCAACCUCGGGGUUUCCUCUCCCCCUUCCUCUGCCUCUUGUCUGCCCAUAGAGGUGCCUUCCUCAUCCGGACGCAGACUCAGCUCUGACCCCCUCGAACUCAGCCCGCACAGCUCCCACAGCUCGCUGCCAUCCACCACUCCCACCAACGCCUCUGCCCCGGCCUCUGCUACUGCCUCCUUUAAUCUGGAAGAGGGAGGGGACAGCCUGUCUGAGUCAGCCAAUCACAUGCUGCCCCGGCAAACCACCAGUCUGGGAAAUCUCUCCUCAUUGGACAUCACCAACGAUGAAGAAUUGCCCACAGACCCCAGCAACUCCUCUGACACGCAAGAAGAGAGUGAAGUGGAGUCGUUUUGCGCUGACCUGAAUGGGCGGCUGCACAUCAACACUGCGGUCCGCAUGAGUGUAGACAAGCUGCACGACCUGCUCUUCUCUGCGGACACACACUUCAUCCAGCACCUCUUCUCCCAGCGACACUUUACUGACCUGUCGGUGGGUGAAUGGCAGCAGGACAGCAGCAGUGGGAAUACGAGCCGUGUGCUUAGCUACACCAUCGCCCUCAACAACCCCCUCGGCCCCAAGACCGCCCCUGUGGUGGAGACGCAGACGUUGCAUAAGAGCAGCGCCCGGGGGGAGUGCUAUGUGGUGGACUCGGAGGUCAUCACUUCAGGCAUCCCCUACCAGGACUACUUCUACACUGUCCACAGAUACUGCCUCACCUCCAUCAACAAGCACAAGAGCCGGCUCAGAGUUUCCUCAGACAUCUGCUACAGGAAGCAGCCAUGGAGCCUGGUGAAAGCAUUGAUUGAAAAGAACACCUGGAGCGGCAUUGAGGAGUACUACAGACACAUGGAGAACGAGGUGUGCAAGCUGGAGACGUUAUUGCAGUCUGAGGUUUCCGUGGUAACCACAGGCGGCAGUGGGGGCGACGCUGCCAAGACCCCACCGGCCCUGCGCCGCCGCAAACGCACCUGCUCUCGACGGCAGGGCGAGAAGGAGCGAGAGAGGGAGGGAGGAGGCAUGGGCACCGGAGACCGAGGGGACAGAGGAGUCGGAGAGGAGAGGGACAGGAGAGAUGCCAGUGCUCAGUAUAUGAAGCUGGGAGAGCGUUCACGUGGUGGAGGACCCAACAGUAUAUCGACCAUCCUCCUCAUCGUCAGCUUCAUGAUCUGUAUCAGUCUGGUGGUGCUGGUGGCUCUCAACAUGCUGCUGUUCUACAAGCUGUACGCUCUGGAAAGAGCGGCACAUACACUGGAGACAUGGCACUCCUAUUCUGUUGCUGACAGUCCUUUGCCUCAGACAGCUGGAGAGUGGGCUCAGGUUUUGCAGCUUCAGAGGCAGUUUCACCAGGCUCAGCUCAGCAAGUGGCAGCAGAUCCUGCAGUCCUCUGUCACGCUUCUCGACCAGAUGAAGCAGUCUUUAGAAAAGCUCCACCAGGGCAUUGUGGUCCCGGAGGUGCAGCAGGACCCCCCCGAUGAUACCUUCACAGAGCCCCUGGCUGAGGCCUGAGCCCUGCCUCUUCUGUCUCCCAUCUCUGUACAACACCCUGGUAGAAAAGAGGGGGCUGGUCAACUUGGAUGAGGACACAAUAUAUGCUAUUCCCUCAUUUCCAAAUCAAAAACCAGGAGUGGGAUGCAGGGGGACUACAUUACCCACAACUCUCCUCGCCUGACUGACUUGAAAUGGCAACGUUCGCCUUCAGCCUCAACCAGUAACAACUUCAGUUAACUCAUUCAGAAUGGAAACUAUCAGGACCACAGCAAUAAUAUACCUACAGCUGCAAGUCAUCUGUAUAUAGUGUAUGGAAACAGGCCACUGGUGGCCCAAUUCAGACCAUCCACUCCUCAAGAAUCAUAAAGACAUUUCAAAAUGGCCAACUGCGUUUCAGAAUAACUUGACCUCCUUAAUUUUCAGAACCCCCACAUUUUUUGACUAUCACAGACUUCAGCUCCUCUUCUGACAAGCAACAUUUCAUAGGUACAAUGGGAAGGGAUCAGUGAUUCUGGAAAGUGGGAGCUAUUCCUCAUAAUCCUGGGAACAGUUAGACCUUUGCCUCUAGUGAACGCCUGCUGAAACAAAAAGGGGGGACACCACCUGCUGUGUGGAUGUGGCGAACAAACACCCAGAAGGAGAGGUGAGAGUGCUGACAGCAGCAGGGCGCAUUUCUCCCCCUUUCCGUUGGGGAUUUGUUCUUCCAUGUCCGAGUUGAGCCCCCUCAAAGGCCGUCAGUCCUCUACGAAAGGGGCUGAGGAACAUUUCAACACCAGACAUUGUGUGGUUUUCACCUUUAUUUUUAGAUGUAAAUUAUACAUCUGAAGAUAAAUCCCAAACACCCUCCCACUCAUCCCAGUUCUGUCUGGGUUUUAUCUAUUUUCAAAAUCAGUGUGGGGUCGUUUGUUAGGACAGCAAGCUGCAUCUGACUGUUACAGUAUUUAUUAUUACCAAUGACUUUUGAUCUGAAGUCCUGUCCUGCUCUUAAGAAGUCAUUUGGUGGGUAUUUUGUGCUCUGAUUUGCUGUUGCGGACCAAGAAGAUACAUGAGAAGGAUUACUGUCACAGCAAUAAUGACAUUAGUGAUUCUAGUACUUUUUGAAUGUUUCAAACAAAGUAGUAUAUAAAAAUAAUAAUGCUAUUGAUGAAUUGUGUGUGAAUGUGUAGAGGCAGUGAAAAAAAACAAGAAAAGAAGAUUGACUUGACAGAUGUAUGCGUGUGUGUUCAUGAGGAGUCCUCAAUGUUACAUUUUCAGAUGUUAAAUUUUCAUAUUAGCGUUUCUUGAGUUUGUUUUUGGAGAUUUCUCUUUCACAUUUGGUUGAUCACUCUUUGUAUCACAGAGCCAGACCUUAACAGUUCAGGAUUUACCACAGACUUGAUCAUGUAGAAACCUAAAUAUUAGAACAGUCAGCUACUUCGUUGUCCAACUGGGCCGGGUUUUUCAAAACAAAAGGACCAACCAGAAUUUUGUAGGCUCAUGAAGAAAAAGGGAAUCUGUUUUGCAGUAUUUUUUGUGUGUUUGUAAAAUUAAUUUGACUCACUCGUUUUUUCUUUUUAUUCAAUUCCUUUUUCAUUUUUUAUCUUUAUUAUUUUUUGUUUAUUUUCAGCCAGUCCUCUCCGUCCACUUAAUUCUGGCCUCUUCCGAUGAUGUGAAAACAUCUCACCCAUCUGUACUCCCUCGUUGUUUUCUUCUUCUCAUCAGUCAACCCCACUCUUCCUCUCUCCUCUAUGAGCUCUUCCCCUUCACUCGCUUUCUCUCUCUCUCUCUGUUUCAUUGAAAAAGGCGGCUACAGAAGCAUGUGGGCCAUGCUGUGCAUGGCCAUCCGUGGAUAACAAAAGGGUGUAAUAUUUAUUUGGGGGGGGGUCUGGGGUAGAUAGAGAGAGAGACGGAUGAGGAGCGGGGAUGAGAAUGUACUGUAAAAAUGUGAUUGUAGACCACGCCAUGGAGAAAAAUGAAAAGUUCUAAAACAUGCAACAAUUCCUCGCUCAUCUCUGAGUCUGUCUGUCUUCACCUUGAAAAGAUUUGGCUCAAAUUUUGCAGUGGAUUGUGGUGGAACAAGUGAGUUUUUCAGCAGUUUUGAUGAAGAAAUGACUCAGGUAAUCAAUUAUCAAAAUUGUUUAAUUAAAAAAAAUGUCCAUCACAAUUUCCCAGAGUCCAAGAUGAUGUCUUCAAAUGUCUUUGUUUUGUCUGAAAAACAGUCCAAAACCCAAAGCUAUUCAGUUAACUAUCAUACAUGACAGAAAGGCAGCUCAUAUUUUGAGAAAUUCCAUUUUCCUAAAUGACUAAAACCAUUAAUUGAUUAUCAAAAUAUUUGCAGAAUAUUCUUUCAGUCAACCAUUUCAACUCUCUCACUUGCACAGUUUACUUUAUUCUAAAGUAAAAAGCAUUUCUUUGAUUAAAUCUAGGACAAAUAUUGCUUAACGUUACACAGUUCACACAGUGAUAAGAGAUCGGCUUCUGUAAUUUAACAGUAAUCUUAUACAAAGAGAAAUACUCUGUUCAAGAUAAUCCAGUUACAAGAUAAAAGUGCAGACUCAGGGUUUGGUGCUCAUGCUGAGCUUGCAUUUCUCAGACAUCUUUUAACAGAUUGACGUACUUUCUGUCUAGCCUGAAAGUCACAGUGACACCAGUAUGAAUCCUUGAAUCUGCUGGGAAAAUGUCACUGAGGGAAAUUAAAUGAAACCCCCUGAACUCAAGCAGCUGGUGUUCAGCAAAGACCAAACUCUUGGAUAAGGUUUAGUAGAACAUGCAUGGAAAAUACUGGGUCUGACGGGUGAUAUCAAAGUUUUCUUCCCAUCAAGUCGUUUACCACUAUUUGUUCAUUGUACAGAAUGAAAAAGCAACUACAAUACUGGAUAAUUACAGUAAACAUAAAGGUUUUAUCAAAGGCACUUAAUUGUGUUUCAUAUUCAUGCUGCAUUACAUUAUGCUCUGCUCAUUUUGAACAGUGCACACCAGUGGAAUAUCAGUCAGAAAAGAUAAGACUGUCCAGUGCAAUAAAGGAAAAUUAAAGGAGAAUAAAGUAAAGUAUUUUGUCUGGGGUUGAUACUUAAGAUUAUUUGUUUUAUAUCCUUUUUCCGAUUAAUAGACUUAGUCUUAAUUAGCUUCAAUUAUAAAAUGUCAGAAAAUGAUUUUAAAAAUGUCCAUCCUAAGUUCCCAGAGCCAAAGCUGACAUCUUCAAAUUACUAGUUGUUCCCGAUCAAAAGUCCAAAACCCACAAAUUUGUAAUGAUAUAAAAUCGAAAAAAGGAGUAAAUCCUCAUUCACCUAUUGCUGUUCUUCAGUCUCUAAGAGCAUCUGUGAUCAGGCUCAUAGCUACCAACAAGGACACUGAGGUCAUUUCCUAAGCAUUUUUUCAUGGGACUCAGGUUUUAGUGACCUGAGAUGAGUUUACAUCCUACAGUUAAAAAAAGUACACAUGGUGAGUAUUUGAUUGAGUCAUUCAGUGUUUUUAGACUCAAUAUAUGUAAAAUUGACUUUUAAGUCAACAAAAUAAAAAGUGCAGAGAAGGCUUUGUAACAGCUUUUAAACCUUCGUAAUGGGAAUGCAAUUUGAAUAUUGGAAAGUUGGGUGAAUAAAAUAUGAAAAAUCUAAAUAAAUUUUUUUUUUUAAGAGUUUCCUUUUGAUGUCUGGACAGAAUCUGAGGGGAGAGAGGGGAUGUGUUGGGGGAUUUGGACUUCAGUAUUUCUAAAAUCCUGGCUCAAACAUUUUUAUCACGUGGUGAAACCCAUCCAUCUGAUCCUCUGUGCAAGUAAAAAUAUAUUGGUUAAUACUUAAUGACUGUUAAUGUUUGCUCCGACCCAGCUGAGCAGAAAUGUAACAGUAAUGUCGGCACCUGCUGGUCUUUAAAAAGUCAUGUUUUGCCUCAGAACAGAUGAAUGUGUUUUAAAGAAGUAUAAGUGCUGGUGUUAAUGAAUAAAUUAUUGAAUAGGGUAUUGGAGAAGCAUAGUUUGAUUUAGAUCACCAUGUUUUAUGAACAUGGAUGGAAAUUAACUUGAAGUGUGAACUGAAAGUCCUGAUAUCUCACUGCAUAUCAACCACCUACACAUUCACAAUUUAUGUAAGAAUCCAAGUGAGACAUGGUUGAUUUUCUCACAAGAAUUUUAUUUCUUUCCGUGCAUCACUUUUUCCCAUCUAUUUCGUUUUUAGCAAGCAACAUUUCCAUGCCUACACAUGAAGUGAAAACUGCAGUUUUAUUCAUUGCUGAGGGAAAACACGUUGGUGGUGUGGUUUUCAUUUCACAGGUUGGUUCAUCUGUGCAGGACAAGGCGUUCAGAUGUAAGCAGAUGCAUACUCCAAAAGUAUCUCCAAGUAAACAGUGCAUAAAAUUGCUUGAAUGGGCUUUGUUAUAUCUUUUUCUUAGCUUUUUUUAAGCUUGUAUCUUAUUGGACAUUCUGUGUUUGUACUGGGAAAAAAAUCAUUGCAGCCUUUACUUAUUCCAUCAGCAAGCAUGCAGUUAUUCUGUAUUCAUUUAUCAGUUUGUGUGUGUCCCCUUCUCAUUAUCUCAAAAUGUAUCAAACUCAGUUUUGGUACAAAAGAGAUGAACAGUAAACAUGCAGAACGGCAGUGUUUGGCAGCCAUCUAGUCUUCAGUCAAUAAUUGGCCGUCUGGAAAGGGAAGCAAGUACAGCUACCUUUUGGUUUCCACUGGCUUCUCGCUGGGAGGCACACUGGACAGGUUUUGUGGUAAAUUUGCCCACGGCAGUUAGAUAAUAGCAAUUUGCCAAGCCCUUAAGUUUCUACAAAGACAUUUGUGUGAAACUACACAUCCGUUGGAAAGUUUCCACUGUAGACAAAUUCAGCCAAGUGAUGCUUUCGUAUCACUCCGGAUAAAUUGGUAAAGCUGCAUUGUGUGAAAAGCUUUUGCUGUGAUACAAAUUGGUCUGGUGCAAUAAAGGAAGUCACAGGAAGUCACACUUCACCUCAUUUAUACUCCUCACCACCCGAGCCUAAAACGCAGUAAAAACAUUCUGUGUGUUUGUGAAUUUAAGAUAAAACAGGAUCUCAUCUCAGUUACUUCCCCAGUCCAAUAUGAAACAUUAUAAACAUGGCUGGCAUUCUGGGUUUUUUUCUAUUAAGUUUAACCUAAAAUUUACAGUGCCUAAUGAAUGCAUGUUCCUUUAAGAGCUAAUAACUCAAAACGUAAUCAAUUAAUUAAUUAAAAUCUGAUCUCUAAUUCUGAAGGAAAAAAAGUAAAAGGUUUGGAUGUGUUUUCAGUCAGGGUUCGACCGUUAUCAGGCUGACACGUAUGUCGAUGAGUGUCCUUUUAAAAUUUAGAUAUUGGCCUGUUUUGUGGCCAUCGCUGAUAUGAUGGACCUGCAAUUAUGUUUUUGUCUGUUAUAUUUUUCAUUUAUUGUGUCCCAUUUGGUUUGAUUUUAAUGAAAUUCUGUGGAAAAGUAAUAAAUACUAAUAAUUUUUUUGUAAUUUUUUUUGGCAUUAAAGCUCAAGUCAAAAUGAAACAUUGAAUAUCAGGACAAAAUAUCAGCUGUUGUAGAAGUGUUUCCGCUACACUUUUAAGUAGCGUUACAUCACAACAGCACAAAAAUUAGCAGUCAAAUUUAGUCUUAAUAGUAUUUAAAAAAAUAUAAAUUUCCAAAUCUUUUAUAGUUUUUUUUUGUUAUUUAAAUGUUUUGAUUUAUCAUUAAACACUGUUUUUAUUUGUACCACAGCUUCAUAAACCAACAGAGGAAACACAGGUUCCGUUAAAAAUCUGCAUUAGAUAACCAGUCAAACCCUGAUGCCAACACACAGAAAGUAAUGAAACUGAUUAAAAACUCUUGAAAACAGAAAAA